AUGGCGCUGCCGCCGCUGCGCCUGGACUGGCUGCGCUGCACUGGGCUGAGCUUCUUCUGCCCGGUGACAAGCCGUGUGAGACACUGGGAGGAUCUUAGAGAGAACCUGCAGCAGCACAUCCGUAUCCUUGCAGACGAGGCCUGGCCGCUGCCCGUGCGCCAGGCGCGGCAGUCGCUGCUCCGGCCCGCUUUGGCGGCCGGCUGGGCGCUCACGGAGCACUCUGCACUGGCGAGGUCAGCCUACUUCUCAGGCUUUGGUGCCACAGCGUGCCAAAGCCUGGAGUGCGCGCAGUGCCCGCUGGGUGAGGUGACGCUGCGAAGUGCAGUGCUGCUGACAACUCCCAAGGAGAUCUUGGCCACAUUGUUGGGGCCACAGCUGGAGACAGCAACCAGGAAUCUUGUGACCUACGCGCUAUGGGAUACGAUGGCAAAGAUUGACAACCUGCUGUUCUUGGAGAAUGAGAUCACCUGGUAUGACAUGGUGAGCUCUGGUUGGCCGAUCUUCGCAGUACUGGCGUCGCUGGCCACGUUGCUCACCGGCAGCAAGUUCCCGACAGACGAGUCCCAGCUCAGGAUAGACCUGGCGCAAGUUCUGCGGCCUCAGAAUCUUCAGGAAGAGGUGAUUUCUUACCUGGGCCCAGACCGGGCCCGGUUUUCUCGCUGGGUGGCCCUGGCGGAGGAGCGCGGCAACUGCUCCGCGCGGACGGUGCUCGGGACGCUGCUGGUGGCAGACGGCUCCAAGAGCAUGGCCCUGCCGCUGCCACAGGAGGACUUCCUGCGCAUGGCGCAGACGGACCUGCGGAGCUGCCGAGCGCCCAUGGAGAGUGUUGUGGAGUUCUUCAAGUGGCCUUGGCCAGUGUUUCAUGCUGUGGAUUGGCUUCAAACUCCGGCGGAGGUGCAGGUUCAAGUCUUGCCCUCGCCACUGCAUCAAAGCUUCUUCUGGUGGCACCACCGGCCCCGAGAGAUCACAGGCAAGUUGCUGGUCCCUCGUGCUCGACGUCCUGGGACAUUUGGCUUUGUGGGUGACAAUGUGCGCUCGACCGGCCUGCCGCAUUGCAGCCUGGUCUUCCAGAAUGCCGUGGACACCCUCCUGGAGUUCUUGCCCGGGGUGCGAGUGAACGUGGUGGAUGUGGGCAGCAUGUUGGGGGAUUGCUGUCUCUGGAGUCUGCUCCGACACGGCCGCGGCUGGUGCAAGGCUUUUGAGUCCAACGAGCUGUGGGUCCGCCUGGCUAUGGCUACGCUGCAGCUCAACGGUCUGUCGCAGGAGAUGUCCGUCAACCAUAUGGAAAUCACCCCAGACGGCCCCAGAUCUUUGGAUUCGAUCCUGGGCGACAGCCAAGAUGCGCUGGUCCUCAAGAUCCACACCGAUGGCAACGAGCUCGGCCUGCUGCAAGGUGCGCAGCAGCUGCUGCGCCGCGGGCAUGUGCAGCUCGCCGUGCUGAGGACAGAGUCCCAGCUGCAGCUGCCGGAUGGCCGAUUUCGGCCGCCCCCCAACGCUUGGCGGCAGUGGCUGAGGUCCUCCGGCCUGGACAGGACCUACGCGCUGCGCUUUGCCUGGCACGAGACCUUGCUGGUGGCCAAGACCGCUGGGGCCGCUGCUCUGUUGAGGAGGAGCCUCAAUCAUACCGUGUGA